AUGACGACCACUAAUAAUCAACCAGAACGAUUUGAUACUCUACAAAGACUUGAAUUGGAAUCAACUAUUGGUUUUGAAGGAAAAGUUCCUCAUGGUCUUAAACUUCACCCAGAUCGUACACAUAUGGUAUAUCCCAUAGGAUGUAAUUUAGUUAUUGAAAAUUUACAAACACGACAACAAGAAUUUCUUCUCGGACAUAACAAUAAUAUUUCAAGUGUAGCUAUAUCAAAUAAUGGAAAAUAUAUUGCUUCAGGUCAAGCAACAUAUAUGGGUUUUAAGGCUGAUAUUAUUAUUUGGGAUUAUGCUACUCGUGAACCAUAUGCACGACUCGUUUUACACAAAGUCAAAAUUGAAGAUCUUGUAUUUACUUGCUCAGAUAGAUUCUUAAUAUCCUUAGGUGGUCAAGAUGAUGGAGCUAUUAUCGUAUGGAAUAUUGAAACUAAAGAACCAGUAUGUGGUAGUGCAGCUCAACAUAAAAGUGCUGGUAUUACAUAUUGUUUAGCUGCAU